GUUUGCAAAUACUCUACCCAUGGCUAGAAAUUCAUCACUGCAUACAAUUCGGUUACAGUUGACUUCUAGACUAUCGAGUCGCAGUUGCUAUGCAUCCAAUUCCUUAAGCAUUCUACCACCUCGUCAGGACUGCUCGUGGAUUGAUUCCACGCCACGGUAAACCGACCGCGGCCGCCAUGGACCGCGAGGCGCUCCGCAUGGUCUGCUCGCCGCAGUUCUGGCGCAUGGCCAUCCUCUGGGCCAUCUCCCUCCUCCAUUCCUACCUCCUCGUCAUCCUCCGCGGCCGGGACGCGGCCACCCCUGGCCGCCGGCGACCGCGGCCCGGCGCCGGCCGCCGCCCCAUCUGCGUGGUCACCGGGGCGACGUCGGGGCUGGGCAGGGCGGCGGCGGCGGCGCUGGCGCGGGAGGGCUACCACGUCGUGCUCGCUGGACGUUCCACGCAGUUGUUAUAUGAGACUGUUCAAGGAAUUCAGAGGCAACAACCAGAUGCCCGUCUUGAAGCAUUUCAACUUGACUUGGCAUCGUACAAGUCAAUAAAGAAGUUUGGAACUUCUCUGAAGCAAUGGAUUCAGGAGACAUGUUCAGAGUCUGCUAUACAGCUUUUGAUUAAUAAUGCUGGCAUAUUAGCAAAGUCGCAUCGAGUAACCGGGGACGGGCUUGAUGAGAUGAUACAGACUAACUACAUUGGUCCCUUCAUCCUGACCAGCAUUCUUUUACCAUUGCUGAAGAACAGCUCGGUACCUUCUCGAGUUGUUAAUCUAACAUCUUUCACACACAGAUGUGUAUCAUCUAUUGAUGUGUCUGAGGAUGCAUUGAGAGGGAUGAAAUUUGAUCCGUGCUCAGUAGGAGAAAGCUACCCCUUAGCUUCUACUUAUGAGUAUACCAAACUUUGUAUACUGAUGUUCUCAUAUGAGCUUCAUCGACAGCUUCACAUGUCAUCUGCCGUCUCUGUCAUUGCCGCUGAUCCUGGUGUUGUGGAAACAAAGAUCAUGCGAGAGCUUCCCAAGUGUCUUUCGUGGUUUGCGUUCUUGGUUUUGCGCUUCCUGAAUCUCCUGCAGGAACCUGAUAUUGGGGUUGGUUCCGUCCUUGAUGCUGCUUUGGCGCCACAUGAAGAAUCUGGGAAGUAUUUCUUCGGAGGGAAAGGGAGAACUAUCAGAUCCUCCCGACUGUCGUAUGACACGGAAGUAGCCAAGAAGCUGUGGGCAGAAUCGUGGGCGGUGUUGAAGGAUCUGCAGCUUAGAGAAAGUAAUUUUGGGAACGGUUAAAAGGAAUAUGGAAAACCAGAUAAUUCUGGCAUGCUGUAAUUUUUCUUAUGUAUGGUCCGAUUUUGGCCCUUCCUUCUAGUGCAACCAAACGCCCGUGCGCUGCUCCCGAUAGCAGCGAACAAUGUGGCAUCUGUUGCUGCACACAUUAUCUCUCU